AUGGUCGUCGUGGGCUGUGGGGGCGGUCCAGAUGAGACAAAUUUGUCCGGCUACCUCCUCAAACCUUACGAUUCGCGUUGGGAGGACGGUAUUAUUGCUCUGGAGGCUGGUUCAGGGCAGGGCGCCCUCAGCCACAUUCUCGCGGAGACGCCAUCCCUUUUCAGCUCGGAACGCGAUCAGGGCCCGUAUUCCGUUGCCAAGAUUUACUCCUAUGUCCGGUGCUUUCUCAUUACCCAUGCACAUCUAGACCACGUCAAUAGUCUUGAAGGCCUGUUCAAUGGUCGUAUCUGGCCUAAUCUAGCCUCAUGGAAGGACGACGAUGACGAGAACAAGCUGCUGUACAAGGACCUACCAUUGGAUUUACCAUCUGGGGCAUACCAUACCAUAUUUCCCUCCGUUUCCGUACGCACCUUCUUGCUGAAUCACGGUCUCGAUGAAUCCAACGCCGUAUAUCAAUCGUCCGCGUUCUUCAUUCGUCAUGACACGUCUAAAAAAGAGUUUCUCUUUUUCGGUGAUGUCGAGCCAGAUAGCAUCGCCAAAAAAGCCCAGAACAAGCAAGUCUGGAAAGAAGCGGCAUCAAAGAUUCCAGAAGUCCUAUCUACUAUUUUCAUCGAAUGCUCUUGGGAGAAGGGACGUCCAAAUAACCUGCUGUUUGGCCAUCUCAGUCCUGAGCAUCUCGUCGACGAGCUGGAGUCGCUAGCAAAGGAGGUGGAAGCGGUGAAAAUUCGGAAGGGUUAUGCCUCAGGCUCAGACAGUUCGCCACAGCGGAAGAAGCCAAAGAGGAACUCGGUGGACACUGGCGCCAGAGGGGUUUUGAACGGCGUUCGUAUAUAUAUCAUCCAUUGCAAGGACGUCAAGGAUGGUGCACAGAAUCUUAGGGCCAAGAUUGUCGACCAAGUGAGGAAACUCAUCGAACCAAAGGGGUUAGGACUCCAGAUCUUCGCCGCAGAACAGGGUAUACAUAUCAGUGAGUGUUUCCCGCUUCCUGCUUCAGGUAGCAUGGCUCAAUGCAAUUGA